GCAAUAAUUGCAAAAUGGAAACGUGAAACGAAAACAAAAUACGCAAAUAACUAAAACUAUUGCAACAACAACAACAACAAAGAGCGUAAAAUGGGCACAUAAAUGCACAAAGCCACAACAAUAACAAUAACAACAACAGCAAGCGUUUCUAAAGCUUUAAGCAAAGCAGCCAAAGAAGAGGAAGCAGCAACAGCAGCAGGAGAACAACCACCAAAAUUGCAGCAACAAUUGUCAAGAGCCAAUUUCAAUUGUGAGUGCAAGCGAGUCCCCAAUAUGCGUCUAGACAGCGGCUCUCUGUCACGCCACAGGGCCAGAGGCGGCUGUUCGCUGUCGCUACCGUUGCUGCUGCUCUUACAGUUGACGCUUUGGGCUGCGACGGCGACGGCGACGCCCGUGCAGUCACGUUUUCUUGUAAAAAGAGAAACCUCCCAGGUGGGGGAUAUGGGCGUGGAUGCCCAUACGACUGACCCUGACAUUGUUCAGCGAAACAGUGAAAGUGCGAGCGGAUCGGAGACGACAACAGCAGCAACAACAAUUCUAAGCAAAAGCAUGGUCGAAGCCGAGUUAGCGGCGCAAUUGCAGCUGAGUACAACAACAACAACAGAAGUGCCCAAGCAGAUAACAUUGUUAACAAAUGAACUGGGCCCGCUGCCUGUAAACAGCAGUUCAACAGGGAGCCAGGCAGUUAAUCAGCAGCAAUCUGUAACUAACGGGAACUACAGCAAUGUUCUGUUAACCUUAGCAGAGAAAGAGAAUGCUGGAACUGUUAGGCAGUUGGAGGAGCAGUCAGAGCAACAGCCAGUUAACAGUGGCAUGCAGCAACAGAGCUCAAUAAAUAUUACAACAGAGAGCGUAGCAAAGCAACAGUUGAAUGUAACAACAGAGACGCCGACUGUACAAAUGCAGGAUCAGCUCAAAUCUCAAGAUCAACAAUUGAAAGAAUCGUCAACUGCUGCUUCAACAACAACAACAACAACAACUGCAGCAACGACACAGCGUGGCGAAGAUCAUGCACGAGCCAUGCAGUUCGCCAGCAGCACUGAAAGUCUGGUAGUCUUGGCUGUGACACCCAUGAAGCUGCGUGCACUGCCCAUGAAAACAACAAUAACAACCACAUCAACGCCGCAGUUGUUGGCUGCGCUGCUGCACGCUGGCGUCACAGUUGCGCCCAGUGCUUCGCAUGAAAAUGUUAUCGAAGAAGAGCAGGUGAAGAUGCAACCGCAGCACGAGAAACGUGCGAAGUUCAUCAGCGACAAUUCGACAAAUGCGCAGCAGCUGACGCUGCCGAAUGCGGCCGAGGUGUGGAGCUUGGCAGCCAUGAAAAUGGUGCCAACAACAACAACAACAUCAACUACUAUAGCGCCUACAGAGCUGGCAAAUGAAGUCGAGCUGCAGCAGCAGAACCAAACCGAGCAGCAUAAGGAGAAAAAUCUGUUAGACUGGCAACAGAUAAUGUUAAUGCAGACUAGUCAAGAGAAUCGAACAGAGCUUACGAUGAGCACAACGCUUGAUGCAACGGAGGCGGCAACGCAGGCGACAACAUUGAAACUGGAUGCUACGUUAGCCGAGACAGAGAUGGCAACACCAGCUAACAGCGCUGUAACAGCUGCCCCAACAGCAACAGGGGAUGAUUCUGACCCAACAGAUCAGCUAAUGGCAGCUUUCUAUGCAAAGCCUGAUUUAGCAUCAGGUACAGCAAUAGUAUCUGCACAGCCAGAGAUAAAAACUGCAAUAAAAGACAAUUUCGAUAUUAUUACAACAGAGACAACUACACAGCCCGCGCAGUUAGCGUUAAUAGAACUGGAAAAUAAUAAGUCAAAACUAGUUGAAUAUGAGGAAAUAAUAACAGGGAAUGCAACUGCGCAGCCAUCAUUAACAGAACUGGCAGAGCUUAGCUCAAAAUCAGGCAAAACAGAGGUGAAUGCAACUGCGCAGCCAGCGUUAACAGAACUCGCAAAGCUUACCUUAAAAAUGAAUGAGACAAUAGAUGAAGUUGAGUUAACAGCCAACGAAACGCAGGCGAAUCCAACUGCGCAGCCAUCAUUGACAGAACUGGCGAAGCCUAUCUCCAAAUCCGGCGAAACAGAGGUGAAUCCAACUGCACAGACAAAGUUAACAGAACUGGAAAAGCUUACCUCAAAAGUAAAUGAGACAAUAAAUGAAGAGGAGCUAACAGCCAACAGCACAGAGCAGCCAACAUUAACAUCUGCACCAACAAAAGAGGACGCUACAACACAAACAGCGAACACAGCUGCGCAGUCAACGUCAACAGAGUCGACAAAGCUUGAUGAUGUUGCUGUGAUAACAGAGCCUGCAAUAACAGUGAUGACAACAACAACAACGGCAGAGCCAGAGACAGCUGCAACAAUACCGACGACACCUGCUGCGCCGCCAACAGCUGUGACCGAGCAGCCUGCAACAAGAGCAACAACAGCAGCAGCAACAACAACAACUACUACUACUACAACGACAACAACUGCUUCAACAGCUUUGCCAAGUGCGUUGAACGACACCCGCAAUGCGAGCGAAUUGGCAAUGAAAGCGACGGCAAAUACAAAUAAUGAAAACGGCGAUAAAAGCAACAAUGUCGACAGCGAGAGAAACAGAGGCGACGACGACGACGACGACGUCAUAAACGUCUCCGCCGCCGUCUCAACAGUCUCAACGACCGAGCGACAGCCAAUAACAGUUAGUAUGCGAACAGCUGGCGAAGCGAGCACAACAACGACGUUGAGGACGGCGACGCAAAAGUUAACGCCAACGUCAGCGCCGACGCCGACACCGCGAAUUUUACUCGAGGAACAAUUAGCAAUAACAACAACUUUGGCAACGCCAACGCCAGAGCCAACGGAAAUCGUCCAAAUUAGCAAUGAAGUCAAUUUAGAAACAAUUACAGUUAAAAAUGUGACAAAAGACAAUAAUAAUUUAUUAAUUGAAAAUAGCAGUGAGAGCAGUGAGGGCAAACACAAUAACAGUGACAGUGCAGCUCAGCCAAUCAAUAACAGCGCUGACAAAAUUCCAGAACUUCAUAUCAAUAAUAACAGUAGUGCCACUACAACAACAACUACAACAAACAUACCGCUCUUAACAGAUGUCAAGUCUAAUAGUAAACUGAAUGUGCAGGAGACAUUGUUGGAAACGAAUAACAUUGGCGAAACAGUAGCAACCACAACAUCAACAACAGCAAUACCUACUACUAUUCAUACUACUGUUAGCUCAGCAGGAUCAACAGAGACGGCUGCUGUUAAUGUGCUGGUAACAAAAGUAGCACCUACAACUCCUUCCACUGUUGAGCUUUACAAUGUGGACAGCGAUGAUAAUGAAGAUAAGCGGCAGCAAAUUGAACAUGAAAGUGUCACUGAGCAACAGUUGCUAAGUAAAACAAAAAUGGCGAAUGCAACAACAACAACGACAACAACAGAAGCAACAGUAGGCACUGUGGCAACUGUUACGCAGCAGCUGCCAAUAACGUCAACCACCACAGAGGAGCCUUUUAUAAGUUUACUAGAUGACAGCACCACAACAACAAUAGCAACACCCACAACAACAAUCACAACACCAGCCAAAGAAGCAACAGAAGCAACAACGACAUCAGAGCCCAUUUACAGCUCUAGCAGCGCCACUAACGUUAGCAUUCACAGCCACAAUAACAGUAUGCUGCCUGAUGAAUUAACCACCAGCAACCCCAUGUUAUUGCCAUCACAAUCGCCCACCGAUGUGACUCAUAACAUGCAACAGCCGCACGGCAACACUGGCACCGAUGUUAACGUCAUUAUUGCCAUCACUGUUAGCGUUAUUGGCGUUGUGGCCCUAAUCCUUCUUGUUGCCUUCCUCUACUUGAUGCGUAAACGUCAAAAGCAGAUGUCCUACAGCCAACGCUGUCGUCCAGUCAGCUUGGACGCCUACUCCCUGGACAACGUUUCUGUGUUGGGCAGCGUGCGACGCAAGGGUCGCGAUUUGCGUGCCUCGAAACGAACUUAUGGCAAUGCCGCCUUCGAUGAUCCCUCGCUGCGGCAUAAUUUGCUCAGUGCCACGGAGCUGGGCAAGUUUCUGGAGAGGCGCUCGAGUAUAUUUGAGGAGUUCCGGGAUGUGCCGCAGAUUAUUGCGCGGGCCGAUGAGGUGCCAGCGGGAUGUGAGGAUAAAAAUCGCUACGCUAACGUAAUUCCGCUUCCUGAGACUCGGGUGGUGCUCCAGCGCCAGGGUGAUGAUGACAAAACGGAAUACAUUAAUGCCAAUUAUGUGCGGGGACCGCGCGAUGCGCCCAACUAUUAUAUUGCCUGCCAAGCGCCCCUGGUGAGCACUACGAGCGACUUUUGGCGUAUGAUCUGGGAGCAGCAAUCCCGUGUCAUUGUCCAAGCGACCGAUCUCACCGAGAAUGGCAUUGAGCGUUGUGCCGAGUAUUUACCGCCAUCGGUUACACUGGAUAAUCACAGCAGUUAUGGAGACUUCCAGGUGACAUUGAAGCAUCGCGAAGUCAAGGACAAGUACGCGAUCUCAACUCUAAUGCUAAAGCGUGUGGAUGGUGCCGAGUGCCGUGAGUUGACCCACUAUUGGUACAAAUGGCCCGAGACGGGUGUACCCCAAGAUGAGGCGCCCCUCAUUGCGAUGCUGCUCGAGGCACGAUCCUCCCUUAAAUCGUAUGCUUUGGAGCAGGCCAAUGAACUGAAGCAUGAGAAGUCCUCCACGCUGACGCUAAAAUCGCUGGAGGGGCAACAGGCGAAGGCAGAGGAGGCCAAUGCGACGGCUGCUCAGGAGGAAGCGUCCAGCACAUCGAGCAACGAGAUUAACGGCAAUGUGGCCAACAGGACACCGCGCAGUCAGCAGGGACCGCUAACAGUUCACUGCUCCCCAGGUACGGGCCGUACCGGCACGAUCAUUGCCUGUGACAUGGCUAUACGGAGUCUGGAGACCCCGAAGCGUUCGGUGGAUAUACCCCAGUUGGUGUACUAUGUGCGUCGGGGUCGAGCUAGCGCUGUGCAGACCAAGGAGCAAUACGAAUUUAUCUAUAAGGUGGCCAAUAUGUAUGCGACCAAAAUCACAAAUCUGUCAAAUGAUAAUUGAGAGACUGUUCUAUAUAGAGAGACAGCUGAAACCAUUGGAACAAGUCCUUAUACAUAGAAAUGCUGUAUGCAUAUUAUAGUCAUAGUUCAUAUAUCUUAUAAAUAUUUACAGCUAACUAUAUAUACGUGUGUAUGUAUAUAUUUAGAUAGUAACUUUAUGUAUUAGUAUAUUAUGUACCUAGGUAUUAUCUAUGAUAUAUAUACACCUGCAUGUGCUGGCAAAAAUUUCAUUUGAUUAUUGUAUGUAUUCCUUUAUUAUUGUGAUAUAUUCGUAUAUUUGUAAAUCUCUUGUAUAAUCUGUUGCAUAUUUAUAAUUAAGGCUUUGUUUAUUAUUAUAUUUUUAU